UUUUUAUUUUGCACAGCAUUUCUCUCACCCUUGAAAGAAAUUUUAAUAAAAAUUAGAUUUCGUCAGAAAUUUUUUUUUUUCUUAAUAAAACUAAGGUCUUAUACAUUCUAAAGUCAAUCAAGAUCACGUAAAACAGUAAGAAAUCUUCAAGAAAUUAGUUUUCUUUAAAGAAAAUAAUAAUUACGAGCUAAAAUAAAUUUUUACAUUCCGUGACGAAGUGUGAGAAAAUUCCAGAAUUUGAUAAAUAUAAAGCUGUUAUCUAACUCUUUUUACAUUUCUUUUUAAAAUUCCAACUUUUCUAACUUUCUUUCAUUGAAGGUAUGUGCACAAUACCCAAGAUAGUUAAGUACUUGACAAGACAGUGUAACGAGAAAGCAUAAUUAAAUCACUACGCUACUUAAUUUACAAUAGCUGUGAACCUUAUUGCGUAAGGACCCCGGUAAACCAGAAAACAUGGUAAUGAAUUCCUCAUCUUGUUGUUUUGUGUGUUUGAUUAUCGAAUAAGAGCGUGCAAAAAAAUGAUAGUGAACGUGAUCUCUACUUUGGACUUGAGAUCAAUCUUAGCUCUCACAUUCCGCGUGAUCUUACGUGAUCUCAUUGGUAAGAUUUCGUGUGAUCACGCAUUUAACCGGGAAGUUCAACGUUUUUUGUUUUCCUUAGUGCCAAUCAGCAUGAUCACUUCUACAAGAGCCCGAAAUUUAGAUACUACAGCAAGAUGAUGAUCUUGUAAAUGCGACAAAAGUAUUUUUGUUUUAAACAAUAGGCAGAAGAAGUAUUUUGACAUACAUAAAAAAAUUUAAAAAUUCAUUUUCUUUUCAUCCAUACUUAUCAUGAGAGUAUUAUGCGCGAAAUCUUAGAUAAUAUUUGUUGGUCACAACAAUGGAAUAUAUGUCAACGUGAAUAACUGGACCAGAUACAUUACGAAGCAUUAAACAAUGGAUUAGGUUGCAUGUCAUCGUACUUAAGUCGCAAGUUAUGGUAUACUUUGCAGACAGAUAUAAAAUAAAAUAACAUAACAACUAAUAAUAGUAAAAAAAAAUCAUAAAAUAAUUAAAAAUUAAAUCAUAACAUCAGUUGAGAUCACAUUGCGCAAUAGUGAUCACCUCGCGAUCGAGGUGAUCUUGCGCAAUUCCGAUAUACUUUUUAUAAAGUCAAAAAAUUUCUUUUUAUACCGCAACAAAUUUACAUCGGAAGUGGCGACAAAAGUGUGCCGAGAGUCACGUCUGCCACCAUUUCCGAGGUGAAAGAGUUGGAAGAAAUGCACGAAAGAGAAAAAAAUCCACAGACCGGGUGAAAUUGUGACAUGAUCGCCGCGUCUUUCACCUCAAUGUGUAUUUAGUAUUAAAUAAAUUUUAUAAUAAUAUUUUACAUCCACCAGCUAAGUGGAGAAAAUAUACAACCGCAUAGACACAAACAUUAAAAAAACGAUGUUGCGCAACAAUUUUACAAUCUAGCGUAAUAAUGUGAAAAUCAAGACGUAAACCACACGAUCUCACAGACUGUCCAGUCCAUCGAUCCUCAAACUGAUAUGCAACUUAAAAGAGUGGACAAACACCAGAUCCAUCGGCAAUGUUUUCCCAAAAACAAGGUGGUAGAUGUGGCUGUGUGGACAGCAUCACGCGCGCUGACCGCAACACUCGGAAGGUGCAAAGAAAUUCAACAACAACUUUCUUCGAUUUUGUAAUCAAUCUGACCGUUGAAUAAUGGAUAUUUAUGGCACAAAUUUUAUACAUAAUGGAUUAAAGUGGAAGUGGGGAAGGAAGGAACCACAGCCACUCCCUCCCAAAAAACCCAAUUAAUACACUGAAACUAUUUUUUUUUUCAAGAUAUUUCAAGAAAUGUCACCGAUCUUUUAUCCAUCUUGCAUUCCACAGUGAUCUAUAGUAAGAUCACACGAUCACUCUCUUAGGAAUUUUCCCCCAAAAGAGAUCAAAUUAAUUCACGCGGCAUUUUAUUUGGCAAUUACGGGGAACUUUACAACGUGUAAUGAAUUAGUCGAAGAAGAAAUUCACGGCAUUAAAGUGAGAUUCCAUCGAUAAAAGAAAGUACAAAUUUGUUAAGUUUAUUAACGGGAUUCGUAAGAAAAAAUUUACGAUGUGAUGCAAGAUCUUUUUUCGUUGGGUUUGUUGUCGUCAAAAAACCAGUAGAAGUCACGCAGUUUGCAUGAAUAUUGUCUGUUUAAAUGGCUGAUCUUCACACUCUCGGAAGGGAACCCAAAGGAGGGGCAUUUUGUAAAAGAAGGGGUAUAGAAAUUUCUCCUGAAGAUCAUACACCAAUGAUCGUGAUCCUUAAAUUGAUCAUUACCUUCGUAGAUUGAUUAAUUGCGAUCAAUGAGAUUAGGAUAAUUUCGUUCUUUGAUUUAUCAAUUUUUAUUGAUCUUUGAUUAAAUGCGUCAAGAUCGGAUAAGUAAUAUUAUUAAAAAUUACCAAUAUCCUUUAUAAAUAAACGGAUCUUUAGUGAUCUUCAUUACGAUCCUACGAUUUUUGGUAUGAUCCUCGCUAACUUUAUCAGGAUCUCUCUCCCCAUCAUGAUCACUUCAACAUAAAACAACCACACCAGCAUUGCCAUUAACUUUUAGCAGUAGAUCUUAAAUUGAGUAUGCGAUGCGUUUGUGUAUGAAAUGAGGGGAAAGGUACAACGAUAUGCGGCGCCAGAGAAAUGGUAUGCGCCCCCACCUCCGGUGCAAGAGGUGCCUUUCUUGCACUCACUCUCGACAAUACCACCGUGCAAAACCCAUUUCCGAAUUGUCGAGCUCUUUUAGUUUAUCCACGGAUAUCGAACUAGUUAGUGGUGUUUCUGAAGUGUGUGCUGUGCGAGAAAGACUUGCACUUUCGCAAAGAUUUUUCAUACCACAACGCAAGUGUCUUGUGCUUACCCAACAAUUGCCCCAUUGCGUAAACAUUUGCGUUGAACAUCGGUGGCUGCUCACAGUGCAAAGACAACCCGACUCACUUUUGUACGAUUGAGAAGAUCGUGAAGCAAGCCAGAUUUUUUUUUCAACUAAAAAUUGUGAAAAUUCUUUUUUUCUGUGAGUGGAAGUGAAAAAAAAAAGCGAAAAUAAAUCCGAAGAAAAGUCAGGAUUAUUCAAGACUUACGAUUAAAAGGAAAUUCAAGGAUACAUACAUUAAAGGAGACUCAGCUAAAAUGGAUAACACCCUAAAUUAAAAACUCAUCUGGGUGGAGUGAAUAACAUCUCCUCGAUCGACAUGUCCAGUCAAGGAGCCACUGAGACUGGGACUUUUGGCAGACUCUUCACGAAACUCAUCGUUCACCAACCCCCAGCCACGGACCACUGAGGUGUGGAAUCACUCGACGAGGCACAUCCCGAACCCCAAAAUGGUGCUCAAUGUCUUGAUAGCUUCAUCUGUGAUCAAUACGACAUUCGGUGUGAUAACCACUAGUCUCUGGGUGAUACCCUUCCUCCUGGCUGCAAUCUCAUUCUAUCGCUACGAUCGCGUUGAUCCUGAAUCUCGCCCCUUAGACCGCCGUGUUGUCCUAUCUGAGUACGACUUCAUUGUCAUCGGUGCGGGAUCAGCGGGUGCUGUUGUGGCAAAUAGACUGACUGAGGUGCCAGACUGGAAUGUUCUGCUCCUGGAAGCAGGACCUGAUGAGAAUGAAAUCUCCGAUACACCCUCACUUGCCGCCUACCUUCAGCUCAGCAAACUCGACUGGCGGUAUAAAACACGAAGCUCAAACACAUCCUGCCUCGGAAUGGUGAAUAAUCGUUGCAACUGGCCACGUGGGAAAGUUCUCGGUGGAUCCAGCGUGCUCAACUACAUGAUCUACGUGCGAGGCAAUAAAAAUGACUAUGAUCUCUGGGAAUCCCUCGGAAAUCCCGGUUGGAACUAUGAGAAUGUCUUGUACUACUUUAAGAAAUCCGAAGACAAUCGCAAUCCCUAUUUGGCACAGUCUACGCGCUACCAUCGAACUGGAGGAUACCUAACUGUGCAAGAAUCUCCCUGGCAUUCACCGCUUGUGGCUGCAUUCGUUGAAGCUGGAACUGAGUUGGGGUACCCCAAUAGAGACAUAAAUGGAGCCGAUCAGCGAGGUUUUAUGAUAGCUCAGGGAACAAUACGACGAGGAAGUAGAUGUAGCACAUCGAAAGCCUUCCUUAGACCCAUAAGAUUGCGAAAGAACUUUCACCUUAGCAUGAAUUCGCAUGUAACAAAGAUUCUAAUUGAUCCAAAGACAAAGAGAACUUAUGGGGUGGAAUUCGUAAAGAAUGGCAAGCGGUACCAAAUUAAUGCUAGGAAGGAGGUAAUUCUUUCAGCUGGAGCUAUAAACUCCCCCCAAAUAUUGAUGCUUUCGGGGAUUGGACCGCGAGAGCAUUUAGUUGAGAAAGGAAUUGAAGUUCUGCAUGACCUACCAGUUGGGGAUAAUCUUCAGGACCACGUAGGAAUGGCAGGAUUAACUUUCCUCGUGGAUAAGCCUGUAACACUGAUCCCAACUAGAAUGAAUCCUGGGUCAAUAGUCAUGCAUUAUGUGGUUAAUGAGCGUGGUCCAAUGACCAGUUUGGGUGGACUAGAGGGUGUUGCCUUUGUCAAUACACCCUUAGCCAAUAAAUCCGCCAAUUGGCCUGAUAUUCAGUUCCAUAUGGCACCUGCUUCAAUUAAUUCAGACGGUGGUGAUCAAGUUAAGAAGAUUCUUGGGCUCAAAGAGAGCCUCUACCGAGAAGUCUACCAUCCAAUUGCUAAAGAGGACGCCUGGACGAUUAUUCCGCUCCUUUUGAGACCAAGAUCACGAGGAUGGGUGCGAUUGUACUCGAGGAAUCCCUUCCAGGCUCCCAUAAUGGAACCAAACUACUUCAAAGAUCCCCACGAUAUUAAAACACUCGUGGAGGGAGCAAAAAUAGCACGGAAAGUCUCUGAAGCCAAAGUCUUCAAGCAAUUUGGGUCGAGAAUCUACCGGAAACCUCUGCCCAAUUGCAAACACUUAAAAUUCUGGUCAGAUGAAUACAUUGAGUGUCACAUACGUACGAUCUCCAUGACGAUCUAUCAUCCCGUGGGAACAGCAAAAAUGGGUCCCGCUUGGGAUAAAGAAGCCGUUGUUGACCCACGUCUACGGGUGUAUGGCGUUUCUGGGCUAAGGGUCAUCGAUGCCAGCAUUAUGCCAACAAUUUCAAGUGGCAACACAAAUGCUCCCGUAAUUAUGAUCGGGGAGAAGGGUUCUGAUCUCGUGAAAGAAGAUUGGUUGGGUGAAGAUUUUAUAGCAAAACCACUCAGAGAUCAUUGAGCUGUGCCCACAAAAAAAAACAACACACACACCUCAUUUCACACCUCGCGACAGACACAAAAACGAAAUUCCACGUGCUGAAUUGUAGCGGUGAAGUGUUAAGUGAUAAACAUUGGUCAUUAUGCUAUUCUGUACAUAAAUUUACGAUUUUUUAAGUUAUUUCGCAUGGUAGAACUCAAGUGCGUGCCAUUUUAUAGAGAGAAAGAAAAAUAGCUAAAUCAUCUACCAAUUAAUUGCACAUGUUGACAUAGAAAUGUUGUAAAAAAAAUUAUAGUAUGUUAGAAUUGAUGGGUAUAGAGAGUUCUUUAAACGUUGUACAUAAUUUUAUAAUAGGAAAAUUUUAAAUAGAAAAGAAAAAAAUCUUGAUCAUGCUAUUUGUGACGAAGGUAGAAUUCUUAUUAUGUAAAUUCUUCUGUCAAGACUCCGCAAGAGAUGGUGUUAUUAUUGAAAUCACUCGGAUAUUCUUUUUGCAUCUAAUCAAUGCAAUUAAAGUUCUUGAUACAUGGAAAAGUGACUUAAUCAAACAUCCUCAAUUAUAAUCCCAUCUAGAAUUAUCCACAAAAUUAGAGAAAAAAAAAACAACAAAGAAAUUACAAAUUUAUUACAUAGCAGAAAACAAGCUCUUAACAUAGGUGGAAAUUACAUGUAUACUUGUUAAUCUCACAGAGAUUAAAAGUGAUUAGAAAAAUAAAUAAAAAUUUCCCUUCUUGCAAUUUUUAUUUUUGAGAUUCCAUAAAAAAUUUGCAAACUUUUUUUUUCUCCGUGAGAGUAGCUAAUUAUUUCCCAGAAAUUUUCCAAAUAGGGCAUAAUUACGUGGCGUGGAAGAAAAUUAAAUUCCACGGAGAAGGGUAUUGUUAGGCGGGAAAUCCACAUGAGUGAAAAAUAUGCUAAUUUUCACUUCAAGCGUCAUCACUAUGAGAUAAAUCUUGUGUAGUUGACGAUCAAAUGAGUAAUAUUCCUUGAUUUUAAAAUCAUAUACUGUGGAAGAAAAUAAACCUCACCUUUCCGCUGAGAUCUUGCAUAAUGCAAGAAUACCUAAUUGGUUAUUUUUUUUUAUUAUUAUUAUUUUCUCUCUGCGUCUUUUUUAUUCUCGUUUUUUAUGUUCGCUCUGACUGUACCAUACCUCGGUGACCCUUAAACGAGCAUACACCUCAAUUAUGGAGAUGGUAGCCUUGAGUAUUUUGGUCGAUGGACGCUCCGACUUGUCCAAAGAAUCUCACGCAUUGACUUCCUUAAGAAUCUCCCAGUGAGCUACAUAUACGGUGCUUUUUGAUCAUUUCUCCCAUAACCACGAUAAUUCAUCGGAAACAACCCGCGAGAUCAUGAAGAUGUUGAGCGUGUAAGACUCCAUGGUGAUUGCAUCAAUUAAAUGAUUAAUAAAAGUAGCUGGGAAAUUGGAUUGUCCUUAAGCUCAACCAAUCCAUGAAAAAAGCCUUUUGGAAUCUUCUCCACUUUGAGUCAUUAAAAGAAAAAAUUCUUACAUGAAACAGUGAUAAAGUUAAUGAUUAAUAAAAGUAAAUUAAGUAUAGAUAGUGCCCACAGGGCCAAACAUUGAGUUCAUUGCAUUCCUUUUGAGAAUUUUUUUUAAUUCAUAAUUUUAACUGGACAAUGUAAAAUUUAAUUUUGUAGAUUUUAAUCUCCCGUCGAAAUUUGGAAAGGUCCAUGGUCUCUAUAUACACACAAAAAAAAGCCUCCGCGAUAGAAGCUGAUGUAGUUGUUAGACAAAUUGUUGUAUAUAAAAGUCAAUGAAUCAUGCGCUAAGUAAAUUGACCGUUAAAAUACAUUUUAUUGUUGCACCAAAUAAUUUAUUUAUGCCAAUUAUGCAAAUAUGAAGUUAUAUUGGUAGGACGUGGAAUAUUAUUGAAUUUUAUUCCCUUUGCAUAAAACACUGAGAAAAAAAUAUUAUGAAAAUUACCUAUGCUUUUAAUUUUUUAUGGCUUAAAAAAUUUAAAAGAAAAAAACGAUUAAAAAAAUAAAUCGAUAUUAGAAUUUUAUCUAUUCAAAGCUUCUUUGCAUUGAAGCUCCACAUUGUUGAGAAAUAGUUAGGCACACAUUAACCAAUGGACACUUUGCUUGAAUAUUGUAUCCAAUCAGAGACAAGCUCUAAUUCUUCUUCUUAUUAGUUAAAACAUCAAUAUGAGGUUUUAACUGUAAUUUAAUAGAGAAAUGAACUAAACUCCACCCAGAUAAGAUUGAAAUUAUUUGGAAUGUUUAAGAAUUUUAAUUUAAUAUAAAAUGAGACAAAUUUCUCUCAGUGUCUGAAAUGACAUCCACAAAUUGAAAUAUUUGUCAAGUUAAUAAAUCAAAAUAUGUAUAAAUCACGACUAAACGAAUUUAAGCUAUAUUUAUCCAAAAUAAUGCUAAAAAUUAGGUUUCAAAAAUCAAAGAUAAAAGCAUUUUUAUAAACAAAUGCCUAUUAAAAAUUAAUUUUUACUAAAGAAAGUUUUUAGCCACCAUCUUGGAACAUUGAUUAAGUCUCAGUGUACGUGAUAAACACUCAAAAGAUGACACCAUAAAAUACAAUUUAUGUUUUUUUUAUAUAUGUACAUAGUUGUAUGUAGUGUAAAUAUAUUGUUGUGCUGCAAUAAAUAAGAAAUGAAAAUGAAAAUAAGCUGU